CCUGGCGUUCUCCGCUGUCAUCUGAGAUCCUCCUCCGCCUCUCACUGUUUACCCACCAUCCGCCUGUCAAACGUCUGCAUGCUCAGGAUUACCAGAGGCCUCUUUUUUUCAACGCCACCAUCUCUGCCUUCCUUCAGCUGGCUUUCUUUGGGAGGUCGGGGGUCUGGAGGACUGAGCUGAGGCAGGCUGCAGAGAGGAGCUGGGAUUGAGGCUGCCAACAUCCCUGACUUCUUCUUCUCUCUUCUUGCUGGUUGUUUUUGGGAGUUUUGACUCUGACUGGCGGGAGUGGGGGUUUGGAGGACUCCCACACCAUGGAUCAAUCUUUGUUUGGUUGUCUCCGCAGCCCUCAUGCUCCGGCCCAGGGUCUGCACCCUGCCAUCACCCAGUCACCGCUGACCCUGCACGGCCGGAGCGACCACAUCUCCUACCUGGACCUACCCAGCUCCUCGCCCCCCUGCGGCUUCUCUGGAGGAGAGGACAACGGAGCGUUCAGAGACCACCUGCCUCAGCAGCAGCACCCCCUCCACCCUCAGCACCCACCUGGCUGGCCCCCCCCGCAGAUGCUCUCACCUAACACUCGGCACAGUGUCUGCCUGCCGCCGCUCGAGGCCACGGCCCCGGAACUGUACUCAGGGGCCCCGAACCUGUGUGGCACCAGCCCUGGCUUGGGCAGCGGUGACCCCAUGGGGGCGUCCUGUGUGUCUGGGGAAUACGGCCGGCAGAGUUUGUCUUCAGAUGACCACGACAGAAGGAGCAGUAAAGGCAAGAAUGAAAACUCAGAGUCCCAAGACGGGAGCUGUAAGUCAGACAUGAACAGCAAGCCCAGGAAGGAGCGCACAGCCUUCACCAAAGAACAGAUCCGGGAACUGGAGUCCGAGUUUGCACACCACAACUAUUUGACCAGACUGAGACGCUACGAAAUCGCCGUCAACCUCGACCUCACGGAACGACAAGUGAAGGUUUGGUUCCAGAACCGGAGGAUGAAGUGGAAGCGCGUGAAGGGAGGCCAGCAGGGGGCGGCGGCACGAGAGAAAGAGCUGGUGAAUGUGAAAAAAGGGACGUUACUUCCCUCUGAGAUUUCAGAGAUAGUGGGACUGAAGCGCUCUGCCAGCUCGCCGCGGCUGGCGACUGAAGAGGACAGCCAUGACAGCAACCACAGCUCAGAGAAUCCUCACCUAUGACCUUCCAUGGUGUCACAGGACUGGACAGAAAUGAGGAAACAUUGGUGAGACAUUAAAAAUACAUGUAUACAGCUUGCUGUGAGCAAAGCCUCCCAACAGACGAUUAAUGAGACUCAGAGAACAUUCCAGAGAUGCUUUGCAUUGAUGAAAGGCUUUUAUUUUGCACUGUCGAGAACUUGUGUCGGUCAGACUCUACUGUACUUCUUCUAUUGAUUAAUACAAAGAUGUUUUGUGUACGAUGAACUGAACUGAAGGAACUCCUGCUCAUGCUUUGGAAUUUUAAUAAUUUAUCAAGAGGUCCCAAAACUGUAAUCGCCAAAUGCAAACCUCUCAAGUUUCUUCCUGCAUCCUAAAAUA